UCAAUUUCUACAAAUAAACGCUUUGAGCAAGUUUAAAAAAUUUAUUUAUUUAAAAAUUAUGAGUGCUCCAAGUGCUCCACAGCUCGAGCAGAUUCAAAUUUUCAAUGAAAAUUUCGAUGCCGAGUCGGUUUCUUCCUUCGUUGAGAAACGUCACGAAGAGGAUUAUAGAUACAAACGAUUUGGAUUCAGAACGAAAUUUCAGACGCAAAGGGUAUUGAGGGAAAAAUGUUGCAAUUGUUACGUCGCAAUAACGAUUAUAGUCUUUCUUAUUCUACUCGUCAUCUUGGUUGCAUUAUUUGGAAAUAAGCAUUCUUGUGGCAUAUACCUAAGUACCCAUAAAAAAUUUGAAAAUUACGAUAAUUUCUCGGUCAAUAUUUCGCCAGUAAUUUAUUUACAAAAAAAAAGUGACUUGGUCUCAUUUGAGCUAUACCAUCAAUCUUUUUCUUACAUCUCAACAAACAGUACAGAAAAAGAGGUUAUUUUUGCAGCAAAUAUUGCAUUUUGGGUUGACCAAAAAACUCGAACUAUUCAAUCUUUUUCGAGAAAUUAUCCUAAAAUUGACUACCCAAACUUAUGGGAACCAGUGGCAAUAGAUGUAGAUUAUGUCAGUAAAAAAGUUUAUGUGAUUAACGCAGCAAAUAUGUCUAUAAAUGUCAUCGAUAUGUAUUCCAAAAUUUUCCGUGCCAUCAUAACAGGCCUUGAUAACCCUUGCGAUUUGGCGUUGGAUGCUAAUAAAGGCCUGAUCUUUAUCGUCGAAAAAUCAAAAUUGAUAAUUCGAGCCAAUAUGGAUGGUAGUUCCUCAAAACCAAUAGUACAAAUUGAUAGCGUAUCGAGUAUAGCAAUCGACCGGGAUAACGAAAUCAUCUAUUGGUCGAAUGAUUUUUCAAGUAUUGCCAGUUCGGACUACAAUGGACAAAGUGUAAUGAUAUUAGAAAAAAUAUCCAUGUCAAUAAGGAGCAGCGUUAUUUACGAAAACAAAAUAUUUUGGACAACGAAUAAUUCUCUGUGGUAUUGCAAAAUAUCCAAUAGAACUUGCGACAGUAACAACGUCCACAGCACUCCUCUCGCAGGGGCCAACCUUUUGAAAGUUGUACCUCGUUACAGUAUGAUGAAAAAUCCUUGCGAAGAACGCGAGGAACCGUGUGAGAAAUUAUGUUUACUUCGAGCCAGUGAACAAAAUUCUAAAGUACCUGAUUCCAGUUGCUGGAACCAGAAUUCUGACUCAAGUCAAUGUAAAGGUUGUUCAGAUGGAUAUCCGACACAGAUAGCUUCAACGAAAAAUUCAACGGGGGCUGACAAUCAAGAUUUAUCAAAUUCGCUAAUCUUGAGCGGUGGCAGCUCAAUAUUGAUACUUAAGUAUGGAAACGGUAGCAUCGUUACAUUAAAACAUGGAAUGAUGAACGAAAAUUUUCAUAUCUUCGAUGUGUAUUUGAAUGAAACUGUAUUUUGGGUAGACGAAAGCACUUCAAGUAUUAAAUCUUUAUCAAAUGACUUUUUGCCGAUAAAUUACCCCAAAAGAUGGAAACCAAAAGUAUUAAAGAUUGACAUAGGAAGUACUAACUUUUAUUUGAUUGACAGUGUUGCCAGUACAGUUAAUAUUAUUGAAAGGCAAGGAACACACAGCGGAAUUGUGAUAUCAGAUUUAGCAAAACCUUGUGAUUUAGCUCUAGAUCCUGUUAAAAGAUACAUGUUCAUUGCUCAGUACCAUGACUCGAUUUUGAAAAGUUCAAUGAGCGGAGAAAAUAUGACUGUUUUAGUGAGAAGUGUUGAUAUUUCCACGAUUGCUAUUGAUUACAAAACUCAGACUCUAUAUUGGGGUGCUGAUUAUGCAAGCAUCAAUAGCAUACAAUUCGACGGAAAUAAUCGUAAAAUUUAUUCAAAUGCCUGGUCAAAAAUUAGUAGUUUGGCAGUAAGCGGUAACAAAAUUUUUUGGUCUGAUAACUUGGCGUUGUGGUAUUGUGAAAUUUCAAGUAACUGCAAAAUUAAAAAUUUCGCUGGGAACGCCGGUAAUACCAAAAUUACCAAUGUUUUUUCUUACGGGGACUAUCAACGCAAUGUAAUAGCUGUCUGUAAAAUUAAAAAUGGUGAUUGUCAACAAAUUUGUAUACCAUCCGCUAGAAUGAAAUCGCCUGUUGGACGAGCUGGUGGGUACUACCCUUCCUGUGCAUGCAGCACUGGAUGGGAAUUACAGGCAGAUGAGAGAAAUUGUUCGCCCAUAAUGGACUUCAUGCUCUAUACUCAGAAAAAUUUGAUCAAGGGUCGUAUUCUCAACUCGACCAAAGCUUCGUUUACGGAAGCUAUUCUACCAACUGUGUUCCACACCGAAUCUCAAAUCUACAAAGGCAUGAUAGAUUUUGAUUUUGACAUUCGCUCUGGAAACUUCUAUUUUAACGAUGAUUUUAACAUUUAUGUCAUCAAUGUUUUCGAUGACAAAGAACAAAUAACUUUAGUGCACGUCAACGAAAGUUAUCAGCUCAAAGACGUCACUUAUGAUUGGAUAACAGGUGACAUAUAUUACGUACAAAAAUCUAACGACGUUGAAAAUUCGCACGUAUUAAUGGUACUGAAAACCUUGAAUAAUGUUCAGUAUCGUCGAAGUGUAAAUUUCUUCACGCACGACUUGAACUUCCCGAUGAAAGGAAGUCCUCACGCUUUGGUAAUACACCCAAAAUUCGGUUACAUUUACUAUACUGCUUGGAAUGCCACCCGCAAAGAUAUUCAAAGAACCAGUACCUUUGGUAAAGGUUUGAAAGAAAUAGCUUCGAUCGAUUAUCACAAUAUGUACCGGACGAUCGGCAUAGACUAUGAAAAAGAUAAAAUCUAUUAUCUGUUCAGCUCGUGGAAAGUAUCUCCUAUUCAUUACACCGAUUUAGAUGGUGUCGAAACUAAAAAAUUUAACGUCACCGAUAUACCAUAUCCAAUUACCAUUUUUAUCUACAAAGACUGGCUUUAUGUAAGUAACUCUACAAGCAUUUGGAGAUUUAAUAAGUAUGAUGGUGGCCAGGCUGAAAAAAUGAUACCGCGGUUUCCUUCCAUGGAAAUUAUAUCAGGAGUUAGAAUAGUUAGUCCAAGCUUACAACUAAUGUAUGAUAACAACCCUUGUACAAUAAACAAUGGAGGUUGUCAACAAUUUUGUUUCGCCAUACCGCAAAAAAUUUGCGCGUGCAAGGAUGACCAAAGUAUUAGAAAUGAUAACUAUUGUGCUUAAAUUAUAUACACCAAGUACGACCCUUUUAUCUUGUAUACAUUUAUUUUUCAAUUAUUUUAGUUGAAACUUUAUUGCGGACAGUAGGGCACUAUCGACAUAGAUAACUCAAUCUUUUAUGAUAAGUCCUAAGUAUACAUAAAGUUAUGUUUAAUUAUGAAAAUAUUCAUUUGAUUUUCACAAAUAAAAAAUCAAAGCUCA